CACACGCGGGCUCUCUCCUUGCUGCCGUCAGAGCCAUGAGCCGGGCGCUUAUGGACCAUAUCGCCAGUAGUUUCCGCGAAGAUGCGCCUCGACCCCCUGUGCCCGGGGAGGAGGGCGACGCGCCCUGCUACCCCGGCAAACUCCCAGUGAUGAAACCCCUGGAGUCCCCCAAAUCCGUUCUGCUCGGCUCUCCGGGCUCCUCCGCGAGGAGGAACGAGGAUGGUCUCGGGGAGCCAGAGGGGAGUGCCUCCCCGGAUUCCCCGCUUUCCCGGUGGACAAAGUCUCUGCACUCUCUCCUCGGGGACCAGGAUGGCGCUCUUCUUUUUAGGACAUUCCUGGAGCGAGAAAAAUGUGUGGACACUUUAGACUUUUGGUUCGCCUGCAAUGGAUUCAGGCAGAUGGACCUCAAGGAUACCAAAACGCAGAGAGUCGCCAAAGCAAUUUACAAGCGCUACAUCGAAAACAACAGCAUUGUCGCCAAACAGCUGAAGCCCGCGACGAAAACCUACAUACGGGAUAAUAUUAAGAAGCAGCACAUAGACUCUGCCAUGUUCGACCAGGCGCAGACCGAGAUCCAGACCGACAUGGAGGAGAACGCGUACCAGAUGUUUCUGACCUCUGACAUUUACCUCGAGUUCGUGAGAACUGGGGGAGAGAACCCGAGUCACGUCAACUCGAACGGGCUGGCGGACCUGAAAGUUGUAUGUGGAUACCUGCCCACGCUCAACGAGGAGGAGGAGUGGAGUUGUGAUUUGAAAGCUAAAGCACUUAUUGGACUUUCGGCUAAAGCGCAGAGGGCCCCCAUUUCCCUGAGGGCAGUGGAGGUGAUGGACGGGGGAUUCAGGUCAUACAAGAGAGGAGACUCACUCAACCCCUGCCAUUCAGGCUCUUUCGCUCCUGUCAGCAGCACGAAUGACAGCGAGGUUUCCAGUGACGCCUUGACUGAUGACGCCAUGUCCGUGACUGACAGCAGUGUAGAUGGCAUCCCUCCAUAUAAACUGGGCUCCAAGAAGCAGCUACAGAGGGAGAUGCAGCGCAACAUGAGGAUGAACAGCCAAGUCUCGCUGCCUGCUUUUCCUCGUACUCGCCAUCCACCCAAAGAGAUGAUACCAAUGGAGCCGGCGCAGUUUGCAGCCCAGCUCAUCGCCCGCCUGGAGAACCUGAAGAGGCAGCAGGAAACCAUGAACACGUUGGAGGAGAGGCUGCAGCAGAUUCAGGAGGAGGAGGAAAGAGAAGAUGCCGAGAUCAUGGGAAGUGCUCCCGCGCUCUCACCCCACUCCUUACCCCUUCUCUCUGCCUCCUCUGACGAGGACCCCCAGGCCAUCCUGGACGAACACCUUUCCCGCGUCCUGAAGACCCCCGGGUGCCAGUCCCCCGCCGUGAUCCGGCAUUCCCCUCGAUCCAGCUCGCCAGAACACCGGCCUUUCACCCGCGCUGGCUUCGGCGUCAAGGGCCUGGUGAGAACCGGGCCUUCCAGUUCGUCUGUAUCCAGCCCCAACCAAGGGGCGAUUACCCUAUCCCUGGGUCCCAACAGAACCCUCGUAAGCAGGCAGAGCACGAAACACAUCCACCACCACUACAUCCACCAUCACGCUGGUCCGAAGUCUAAAGAGCAGAUCGAAAGGGAGGCAGCCCUCAGGGUGCACAGCGUGUGCUCCGGCAGCAGCGAGUGCCAGCCCUGUCAGCCUUACCAGCGCAGCCGCAGCCUGGGCAGAGAGAUGUGUGGGGCCAUCACCGCAGACAACAGCAUGGGGCGUUCAAGCUCUCUAUCGAGGCGGGUGUGUCGCUCAGGGGCUGAGGAUGGAGUAGCGGAGAGGUGCAUGGAGGACUGUGGACCCUUACAGCUGCCCACUGACACAGCAGAUCCCACCCAGAAUGUGCUGCAGUGGAUCCUGGAAAGUAAACGACAGGGCAGGCAUAAGUCUCACAGUACCCAGAGCACCAAGAAAUCCUUUGGAGGCUCAUCUACUCAGACACACACGUGGGGCGGGGGUGGAAGCUGCGGCCACCUACGUGGUCACCAGCCGGCCCAGCCAUUCAUCCAAGACCCAGCUAUGCCUCCGCUCCCUCCUCCCAACACUUUGGCGCAGCUGGAGGAGGCCUGCCGCAGACUGGAGGAGGUAUCCACCAAGCCCACCAAGCAAAGACAUUCAGUGUCCAGCCUUCAGCGAGAGAAGACCCACCUCACGCCUGUUCAGGGCGGGGCGUCUGUCCCCCUGUCGCUCGUCAGUCCCAGCCCCGCUGGCGUCCCCGCGACCAGUCUCCAAUCAGAAGAGUGUAAAAAGGGUUCAGGAAGCCACGCGGUGAGCAGCGGGGAGACAGUGGUGACGUACUUCUUCUGCGGUGAGGAGAUUCCUUAUCGGAGGACCAUGAAGAGCCACAGUCUGACGUUGGGUCACUUCAAAGAGCAGCUCCGCAAGAAGGGCAACUACAGGUACUACUUCAAGAAGGCCAGCGACGAGUUCAAGUGCGGCGCCGUGUUCGAGGAGGUGUCCGACGACUGCUCCCUGCUCCCCACCUACGAGGGGAAGAUCCUGGGAAAGGUGGAGAGGAUGGAGUGAGCGCUGCCGGAGUUGAUCAAUAACUCUGCGGAUGCCCUCCUUCAUGCGCUCUCACACACACAUGUAUGCAGCGUGUGUGUGUUUUUUAAGCUAAGACUUGAAGGACUGGAGAUGUUGUUGAAGGAACGCCGAUUGUUGGGCAUGCGGACUGGAAGCGGGACAAGAUAUCCACAUUACCGGACUAUCAAGUGAAAAGCUCACCUAGAAGUGAAGAAAACGUGGACUUAAUGCUGCUGGGCUGAAAACUUUCCAAAAGAGGAAUAUCUAGAGACUCUAGGUGAAUGACCACUUGUCAUAGAAGCAGGGCGCUGUGGGUUUAAUUUGAAACUGAGAGCCUACUUGAACCCUCCCCGUGCCAGUGUCUGCCUAUAGUUGCUCACUAGCGCAUUACUAAUAUGUAUACGCAGAUAUACAUGUACAUUGCAUUGUAUUGUGAUGCUCGUAUUGCUGUGUAAAGAUUUCUAUAGCUAUUUAUUGGAAAUACCCCUUUCCCAAAUCCUAUCCUUCUUCUACUUCCAUGGACAAGCUGCUUGGAGUUGGACAAACUUCUCAAAUUAUCCACAUCUGUGAACGCCCCACCCUACUCCACCCAACCCUCUCCUUCUGAGCAUCAGUUCUCAAGCAAAGGUUUUUAUUCCUUUUCAGCCCCUCAUAUUGAACUGUAAACAUCAACAAUACCUCUUCAAGAACUCCACUCCCACUCCGGGACAUCUCCGCUCUCCUGGCCGGAGAGCUUACUGCUGAAGCUUUGAGAAUGGCUCUCUUAUCACUUAAAAGUUCGAUAAUAUAUUUACUACUGCAGUGCUAUUUGUGGAUGUGUCCCCGUCUGCUCUUAGGGGUGGGGGGGCCGUCAGUGUGCUAUGGAAUUUAAAACAAAAAAAGAAAAAAAAUGCUAUUAAUGUUUAAUUCCGUACUCUGGGACUGUGCCCAGCUAGCCUUGAUCUGUCACGUCUUAGUGCCUUUGUUUCAGUGGCGCAGGCAUCGCACAAAUAGCCUACAUAUUUACGAGGAGGAAACUGCCCUGAACAGGUCUUUGAGUCCCCAAAAUGUGUUUACACCAUAUUCAUAUUUACCAAGAAAAAGUUCUAUAAUGUGUUCCCCUUUGUGCUUACCUGUGAGUGAGUGUGAGUGUGUGUGUGUGAGUGAUUGAGAGUAUUUUAA